AUGUGUAUGCAGUACGUGCGUUCGAGCAAUAGCGAGAAGUACGGAGAACGGCGCCAGCAUGCGGGACAUAUUCUUCCUUCUCUCUUCUCUUUAUAUACUUCCUCCUUUUUGUUUUUCCACAAAGAAAAUAAAAAUCGAAACUUUAACCUUCCAAAUCCAAAAUCCAAAAUUCAACUCCAUUUCAUUCUUGCCUCCACAAAAUUGUUCCACAGAAGCAAAAUUAAAAAAAAAGAAAAAAAAAAAAAGAAAAAAAAGGAAAAAAGACAACUUUUCUUUUUUCCUUUCACCCCUCUCGUCCUCCUAUUCCCCUCCCCCCCUUUUUUUUAUUUUAUUUCUUUUUCUUUUUCUUUUUCUUUCUGCAAGAUUCUUUUCCAUUCUAUUAUCUUCCACCAAAAGAAAAGAAGUAUAAAGAAAAAUAAGAGAUUGUGUGAAAGAUUAGCAGUGUGGUGUAUGGAUGGACGACGGAUUUUGGUUUUGUUUGUUUUGUUUGUUUUGCUUUUUUGUUUUUUCAUUCUGCUGAUUUUUCCUGUGGUUUUCCCAUUUUUCCGUCGGUGA